CGUUGCCAGGCUCGGGCGCCCGCGGCCCCCGCUCCGAGCCACGGACCAGAGUCGCCUUCCCCGCGGAGGCCGAGGCGCCCGGGAGCCAUGGCCGGCCUGAACCGCGGGGUCACAAGCGCACUGCUGUGGGUCCUGCUGCUGGGCGCCGCGCGCCUGCUGCCCGGGGCGGAAGCCUUUGAGAUUGCUCUGCCACUUGGAAGCAACAUUACAGUUCUCAUCAAGCCCGGGAACCCAACCCUGCCACUGAAGCCCUGUUAUAUCCUCGUUUCUAAAAGAUUUUUACCCAUGUUGACCAUCAAAUCUGGGGAAAGAAUAACCUUUGCCUUUAGCUGCCAGAAUCCAGAGCAUCGCUUUGUCAUAGAGAUCCAAAAGAAUAUCGAUUGCAUGUCAGGCCCGUGUCCCUUUGGCAAGGUUCAGCUUCAGCCCUCAACGUCGUCGUUGCCCGCUCUCAACAGAACUUUCAUCUGGGACGUUCAAGCUCAUAAGCGCAUAGGUCUAGAGCUGCAGUUCUCGGUUCCCCGCCUAAGGCAGAUUGGGCCGGGGAAGAGCUGCCCGGAUGGAGUCACUCACUCCAUCAGCGGCCGCGUCGAUGCCACCGUGGUCAAGAUUGGGACCUUCUGCACCAAUGGCACCGUGUCCCGGAUCAAGAUGCAAGAGGGAGUGAAAAUGGCCUUACACCUGCCGUGGUUCCACAACAGAAACGUGUCUGGCUUCAGCAUUGCAAACCAGUCGUCUAUAAAACGACUGUGCAUCAUCGAAUCUGUAUUUGAGGAUGAGGGCUCUGCCACGCUGAUGUCUGCCAACUACCCAGAAGGCUUCCCCGAGGACGAGCUCAUGACCUGGCAGUUUGUCGUGCCUGCACACCUGCGGGCAAGCGUCUCCUUCCUCAACUUCAGCGUCUCCAACUGUGAGAAGAAGGAGGAGCGGGUUGAAUACUACAUCCCAGGCUCCACCACCAACCCCGAGGUGUUUAAGCUGCAGGACAAGCAGCCCGGGAACAUGGCUGGGAACUUCAAUCUCUCCCUGCAGGGCUGUGACCAAGAUUCCCAGAAUCCUGGCAGCCUCCGGCUGCGGUUCCAAGUUUUAGUCCAACAUCCACAAAACGAGAGCAAUAAAACCUACCUUGUUGACCUGAGCAAUGAGCGGGACAUGUCGCUUACCAUCGAGCCGCGGUCCCUCAAGCAGAGCCGCAGGUUUGUCCCAGGCUGCUUUGUGUGUCUGGAGUCUCGGACCUGCAGUACCAACUUGACCCUGGCCUCUGGCUCCAAACACCAGAUCUCCUUCCUUUGCGAUAAUCUUACACGUCUGUGGAUGAAUGCAGAGAAAACCAUAAGCUGCAUUGACCACCGAUACUGUCACAGGAAGCUCUACUCCCUCAAGGUGCCCGGGAACAUCCUCCAGUUGCCUGUACAGCUGCACGACUUCUCCUGGAAGCUGCUGGUGCCCAAGGACAGGCUCAGCCUGGUGCUGGCGCCAGCUCAGAAGCUGCAGCAGCACACCCAUGAGAGAGCCUGCAACACCAGCUACAGCUACCUCAUGGUCAGCACUGUUCAAGACCUUUCCUAUGGCUACUUCUGCCCUGGAGGCUCCAUCGAGCAGAUACAGGUGAAGCAGAACAUCUCAGUGACCCUCCGCACCUUUACUCCCAGCUUCCACCAAGACGUCUCUAGGCAGGGCUUGACUGUGUCCUAUAUACCAUAUUUCAAAGAGGAAGGCAUUUUCACAGUGACCCCGGACACAAAAAGCAAGGUCUACCUAAGGACCCCCAAUUGGGACCAGGGCCUGCCGCCCCUCACCUCAGUGUCUUGGAACAUCAGCAUGCCAGCCAACCAGGUGGCCUGCCUGACCUUCUACAAGGAGCGGACCAGUCUGGUCUGCCAAACGGGGCGCGCGUUCAUGAUCAUUCAGGAGCAGCAGACCAAUGCCGAGGAGAUCUUCAGCCUGGAGGAGGACAUGCUCCCCAAGCCAAGCUUCCGCCAUCACAGUUUCUGGGUCAACAUCUCCAACUGCAGCCCCAUGAGUGGCAAGCAGCUGGACCUGCUCUUCUGGGUCACACUCACCCCAAGGACAAUGGACCUGACUGUUGUCAUCAUCGCAGUGGUGGGAGGUGGAGCCUUACUACUGUUUGCCCUCGGACUCAUCAUUUUCUUUGUGAAAAAGAAGAAAAAGAAGGUAAACAAGGGCCCUGCCAUAGGUAUCUACAAUGGCAACAUCAAUACCCAGAUGCCAAGGCAGCCAAAAAAGUUACGGAAAGGACGAAAGGACAAUGACUCCCAUGUGUACGCAGUCAUUGAUGACACCAUGGUGUACGGGCACCUGCUGCAGGAUUCCAGCGGGUCCUUUCUCAAGCCAGAGGUGGACACCUACCGGCCCUUCCAGGGCCCCAUGGGGGACUGCCCUCCCUCCCCACCCCCCAUAGGCUCCAGGGCCCCGACAGCAAAGUUGACUACAGAUGAGGCGCCCCCUUGCUUCCCUUCGGAGUCUGAGAGUGAACCGUACACCUUCUCCCACCCCAACAAGGAGAGUGUAGGCAAUGGGAACACAGACAUUCCCUUGCUGGACAUGCAGGAGCCAGCAGAUCCAGCAGAAUAACUUGGCUCCAUCCUCAGAGACUUUCCUGAGAUGCAUAGAGUAGGGCACUGAAACCCCCAUUAGUGUUCUGAACCGGAAAUCCUAAAGAAGAGGAAUUACAUAGAAGGAACUGCGGGAGGUAUUCCUAAACACCACCAACUUCUGAUUUCCAAGUGGUCUCAUUUUGAUAAUGAGAUGCUGAACAUGAUGAAUUCUGAUCUGGACACAGUCAUCACAGUUCAUAUCCUUCUAAGCUCAGGUUCUGUUGUAAACCAGAUGUAAUGAGAGGAGAGAGGUGCCAGUCGCACAGCACAGCCCCUGGAUUUGGAAUGACAAAGCAGAGACUUGCCCCCUUCAGUGCCACAAUUCCGAUUCCUAGGAGCCCACCCGAGGUCCCUGCUCUCAUUGGGUCCCUGGAUGAAAAUGACAAUGUGCCUUCCAUUACUAUUUAUUUAGUGGUCCUAUGUAUUUAAGAGGUUGAAUGUAUAGCCAUGCAGUUCUUUUUGCCUACCUUUAGUGACCACUCGUGCUAACCAGUUCAGACAGCUGGGUUUUGAGUCCUAGUGACCACAAGAUAAAGAUGUGCUUGCCCCUUGGGAGGUGGUAGUAAUUUGCAAUCUGUCCAGCCAGAAAAGAUUCUGACACAUGUCUGCUUUGAUAAGAGACUUACCUGUUCUCUCAGUGUGUGUGUGGUUAUCCCACUGCAGAAAUUCAUCUUGAAUCCCAAUGUCCUUUCAUCCUAGAAAUAAGAGAAAUUUUUUGAGUUGUCAUGUGCAGCUCUCCCUAUUGCAGCAGUACUUUGACAUUUAAACAGUAUAUUUUCAUCCUCUUAAAGAGUUCAAAAUCACACCAGAGAGUGGCCCCCUGUAUUUGUUUCCUAGGGCUACUCUAACAAAUCACCACAAAUUUGGUGGCCUAAACACCAAAAAUUGAUUAUCUUACAGUUCUGGAGGUCAGAAGUCCAAAAUGGGUUUUGAUGGACUAAAAUCAAGGUGUUGGCAGGACUGUGUUCCUUCUGGAGGCCCUAUGGAAGAUCUGCUUCCUUGUCUUCUCCAGUUUCUAGAGGCCACCUAUAUUCCUUGGCUCAUGGCCCUGCCUCCAUCUUCAAAGCCAACAAUCACUGGUCGAGCCUUUCUCUUGCUAUGUCCCUGUGACGCCAACUCUCCAGCCUCCCUCUUUCACUUAUCAGGACUUUUCAUUUAUAAAGCCCACCCAGAUAAGCCAGGAUAAUCUCACCAUCUCAAGGUCCUUAAUUUGAGCAUAUUUGCAAAAUGUCUUUUGCUAUGUAAGGUAAAUAUUCAGAUUUCGAGGAUUUGGACAUGGACGUCCUGGGGGACUAUUUUUCUGCUUACUGUCACUGACUCCUAAAGGAGAGGCUGCAAAAUGACUGAGCCCACCAGUGUGUCUUGGUUAGCCUACAGAGUCUUUUUUUAAGAAUUGGUUACAUUAAUACAUAAAAUUCCAGAUCAGAAGUUCUGGCCACCCUGGGGCUCCCAUUCUCAUCACCACCAACUGGCCGGAGCUGAGCAGCAGCUGCCACCUUUAGAUAAGGCCCUGGGUUUACCAGUUCCCCAGAGUCCCCCCACUCCAUUGCCAUUGAUUCAGUGCCCCUGUAGGGUUGUCUCCUUGUGCUGAAAUGGAAAGUUUGGGAGCCAUAUCUCUUACCAAGUGAGAAGAUAACACCAUGAGGCUGGCGUGUGUUUCAAGAAAAUUUCUUCUUACACUCAGCCCUCAUCCCUCACCUACAUCAACUACCAACCCAGCUCCUGUGGUAUUCGUCAUGCUCUAAGUGGCUACUCCACCCUGGAAUCUCUAGCUAUAAUUUGUGGAUUUGGGUUCUGACCAUGUUUUUUAAAUGUCACCUUAACUGUGUGGCCACAGUUCACUCUUCCUAAGCAAGGUCCCUCCUGCUCAUUUCUGAGUACCUUUGCCUUGAAUGAGGCCCUUGUCCUUGAGGAUUCUGGAAGCUACAAGAGGAAGCAUGCCCAGCCAGGAUCCCAUAGUUGGGAGGAGAGGGAUUGUGUUAGUAUCAUACAGUCCAAAAUUCAAUAUGCCUGCAGCAACCACCUUUACCAAACAAAGGUUCUUCACUGUGUUCAGUGAAUGCACCUUGGGAACACACUGCCUCGGCUUGUUCCAGUGCUAUGUUGCCUCCCUGAAAAAGAGUUUGCAGUCUCCUAAAUUAUGUGCACUCCACAACCUCUUGAACUCUUUCCAGAAAGGAGAGUUAAGUUUUUUGUUGUUUUUUAAAAUGCCCUCUGCACCACCUGUGGCAACCUUUGCCUUUCCAAAAGGCUGUUUUCCUGCCCACUUACCUUUGGCCUCUUGAACCCCCUCCAUGAAGGACCAGAGGAGGGCUAUGGCUUCCUUCCCUCAGCUGAAAUUUCAUCUUUCAAAAUCACAGUUUCAGCCAUCCUCUACUGUCCCCAACCUCCUGGCCUUUUCCAGGGUCCAUUCUGGUGGUCUGCCAUCUUUGGGCUGGCCAUCCAUCAGACAUGUCACCAUUACUCGCAAGGGCCUCCAAAAGCCAUUUUCUUUUAACUGAGAGCUCAAAACUGCUGGUCAUGUUAUUGUCUUCCUGAGUCUUCAGGAAGAGGUUUUCUGAAGAUACAUUUCUGAUAAUGUUUUCUGAAGAUCUGCCUCAGUGAGGGGGCCCAUCCAGACAUGCCCCAACUCUUUUCUUCAAAGCUCAGUCCCCACUUAUGUAGAUAUUUCAGGGUUACUGGAAGCCAGUCAAAUGCCAUUUGUUGAAGCCUACAGUGUGCCAGCACAGUGUGAUGCCCAGGCAGCUCCCAUCCUGUGUAACCAUGAGAAAGCCCAUCUCAGAGAGGACUGAUAUCUACUGCUGGAGUCAUUUUGCACGGGAGAGAAAGGUCUCAAGAAAGAGUCUAGAGGGACAGUUGUAAGUCCACUGGACAUAACCUUGGCAAAUCUUAGAAGACUGGUUUGUGUGGAUCUGGAAUGCUUAACUGAAGAUUAUUUAUUUAUUGUUGAUACUUUCUAGGUGGCAUUUUAUUCACUUUCUAUGCUUUUUUAAAAUAAACAAAUGUACAAAAAACAUGGGCAUCAGAUUGUUUCAGUGCUUCAGCUACCUGUCCCCUCAUUAAGCUGAGGCCCCAAUUUCCCAGUUGUUUACUGUGACGGGCUCAACAUGGGCUCAGCAGAUGCUGUCAUCUCCACAUGUUCAUGGUACAGGAAGCUGGGCUUUCAGCCGUGAGCUCUCCUGCUCCAUUUGAUCCCAGACAUUGUGUGAAAGACGGUUUUGUUUUUCAUGAAAUAAAAAUGACAGUCUUAGAGUCUCAA